AUGUCGUCCCAUAUGCCAUGGGAGACGCUGACGCGCGAGACGAUCCGCGCGGUAGUCAAGGACCUCGGGCUCGCGCGGUACACCAAAGGCGUCCACCGGGAGAAACUCGUCCAGCUUCUGAAGGACGUCGAAACGCAAGGAUACGAAGCGGUGAAGCAGCGCCUGCAGGAGAUAGAUCGGCUUGAACGGGAACGGGCACGCCAGGGGAGCGUCGAGGUGGAGUACACCGGCCCACCGCUCAGCACGACUGCCUCGACAUCCGGCAUGCACCCCGUGGUGGAGAUUCCUUCGCGCGCGGGGCCAAGUCGUCCGCGCGACAAUGUGCACUCCAGCCCAAGCUCGCGAGGUGGGGCGUCUCCUCGAGCGAAGAAGCGGCGCAUUCCUCCCCCGAGCUAUGCCGUGCUCUUCCAACUCGAGCAGUCAAUCAGCGCUCCGUCUGCCGCCCCCAUUCCACUCAUGCACCCAGACCGGCCGUUUGAGGGGGUGUUUCUCCCGCCACCACGCCGGGUGCGCGAGGCCCCCGCGGAAGAAGACUUUCCGGAGUCGGCGUCGCAAGCACGGGGCAUGCAUGGGGGAGGUGGGGUGGCGGGCGCGUCUAGUUCUGCGAUGCGCUUAGACGCAGUGGAGGUUCCGAGGCCGGUGGGCGUGGUUAGGAAGCAGUGGAGGCAGGAGGCCGCGAGCAGCAGCUGA